AUGAGUAUCACCGGGAGAAUCAACACCACCAACAGCAGCAGCAGUCACAAUUUGAAUUUCAAGAAUAUGGAGAACUUACUGACCGCUGUUUUUUAUGUCUUCAGCAAAUUUGUGGUUAGGACAGCACAAACGCCAAAUCUACUAUUUUUUUCACCGUGUACUUUUCCAUCGCCACUCUAUGAACCUCUUCAGUUUCGCUCGCACUGUAAUCUGAUGCCUCAUCUUCCGUUCAUUUGUGAUUUACAUCAACAGCUUAGCGAUUCUGGCUCCACAGUUAUUCUAGAAGCAUUUGAAAAGCUGAAGUCAGUGCUGGUCAGAAAUGACUCUUCACUCUCACUGGGUAUACUUAUUGUACGGCAAUUGGCACCUCCAGCAAGUUCAUCGGUAGUCUACAGCAAUAAGUAUGAAUAUGGCUGUUUGUUUGAAGAUGAGUGUAUCCAUAUGGACGCUGAGAAGAUACAACAAUUCGUAAUUAGUGCUCGAACCUUUGUAAAGAUUUACGCUUCGACUCUGUAUAAGCGCUGGUUUCUUGAGGAUAAAACCUACAAUCAACCAAAUAUUCUGGCUAUAAUUAUUCUUGAUGGCUUGGUAAACGACGUUCGAAAACUACCUUACGUUAAAAUUUAUACUGGUGAUUUCCGGUUGCUUUCCUCAAUGUUUAACAUCCAGUCAGAAUGUGUAAACAAUAUCCUUCAAGGUUGGCCGUUGCAUAUGGUAAUCGCCGAUCUAAUCGAACAACUUGGUCAUUCACUACGCGAAUUCUGCCUUCUAGAUGGUGGUGUCCGGUUGCAUGCUGUGCCCUCCUGGGCCAUUUACAUAUUUAUCUUCUGUGUUGUCGUAUCUUUUGUAGCAAUUUUCAUGGAAUGGUAUAUUGUGAGGCGGAAAAUACCUUACAAACGUAGUGUUACCGGCAUUCAAUUACAUGCUGGUAAAAGUAAAGCACAUAUUAUUUUCUAUUAA